AUGGAGAAUCAAAAGUUGUCACAGAAGCCUAAUAAGGUGUUUCAAGAAGAACCUCCUGCGGCCCCUCCCGAAGGGCCACCCAGGCUAGAACCGGAGGACCGAGAGGCAGAGGCACUACCGGUCCUCCUGCCCAAUGAAAAUAAUUCCCAUGGGCCGGCUGGGCGCACUCGUGGAUGCACUCAGUGCGACCCAGGGCUCCGCCAUCCUGAUUCCACCAUAGCCCUACCCCUGCGAGAAAUAGGCCCUCCCGAUGAGAUAGGGAACCCCCGACUCCAGUAUUGGCCAUUCUCUACCAGUGACUUAUAUAAUUGGAAAACCCAGAAUGCCCGCUUUUCUGAUAAUCCUAAAGACUUGAUAGCUCUUCUAGAUAGCGUUAUGUUCACUCAUCAGCCCACCUGGGGUGACUGCCAACAGCUCCUCCGGAUCCUAUUCACUACCGAAGAACGAGAGCGAAUCCAGCUGGAGGCGAGAAAACUGGUUCCUGGAGAUGAUGGUCAACCCACCGCUAACCCUGACCUCAUCAAUGCAGCCUUCCUAACUCGCCCCCCGCAGGAUGAAUGGGACUAUAACACCGGAGAAGCCUUACAGCGGACACACGAGACAAUCUGGCCCAAACUAAAAGAGCUAUAUGCAACAGGACCCCCGCCUACUCCACACCAGCUCCGGCCAGGUGACUGGGUCCUUGUCAAACGCCAUCGACAAGAGACCCUAGAACCCAGGUGGAAAGGACCUUACCAGAUCAUCCUGACAACGCCGACGGCCAUCAAGGUGGACAGCAUAGCUGCCUGGAUCCAUUACACCCACGUCAAGCCGGUGGACCCAUUUUCUGACCUCAUCAAGUCCACUAAAGCUGACGUCACCUGGAUGGUUGACCGGAGUAAGGACAAUCCCCUCAAACUGACCUUGCGCCGUACCCUCCCCCAGGAUGACCAAGGUACUGCUGAUAGCCCUAAUGAUAGUCCUAACCCUCAAUCCUCGGGCCACGAGGGGAGGACUCAGCCCUCCCCCCGAUAAGAAUACUUUAAUACAACAACUAUAUGGUGCACCGUGCGAGUGCAGGGGAGGUACUAUGGAGGCUCCUGUUGUUCCCCGAGGGUAUACUCAUAUGCAGGACUGCGGGGGCAUAACUGCAUAUCUUGUUCAGGCAUAUAGGGUU